AUGACACAAAAACCGAUCUUAAUCUCUGGUGCCGGUCUGGCAUCACUAUUACUCGCUCGCUCACUCUUGCGAUACAAGAUACCGUUUCGUGUCUUCGAACGUGAUGCUUCGCUCGCUUCUCGAGGCCAAGGAUAUAGACUUCGGCUCUCCUCGGAAGGCCUCGACGCCAUUGAAUCCGCGUUGGAUCCAGCGGCAUGGCAGAAAUUCUACGAUCGAUGUGGUAAGACUGGCGGAGGCGGAAUGAGAUUAAUUGAUGCUCGCACUGGUGAGCCUAUCGAGCAACCACCUGCAGCAGCUGCUGGUAACAGCAGUAGUGGUGGCGACAGUGGUAAACCUGACAGUCUGAAUUCAAGAGAAGGCAAAGUUGUCGGUAUAGCGCGCGGAGACAUGCGAAAUCUGUUUAUGGAAGGCUGCGAGGAAUUUGUUCAGUUCAACAAACAUGUCAAGGGGUAUGAAUUGACGAACGACGGCGUGCGAGCUAUCUUUAGCGAUGGCACAAAAUCAGAAGAAGGCUCUAUGCUCAUCGGAGGCGAGGGUAUCAACUCAUAUGUCGCCAGGCAACUAUCGAACGGCAAAUUGAAGGUCUACGAUACUGGGGCUCGUGGCAUUCAUGGACAAGCACCUACAACGGCCUUCAAGGGACUUGGCGAAGGCGUCUUCCGUAUAGUCGACAACAGCAGACCCAACGGUACAUUCGCUGUGAUAACAAACGUCCGCUCUGGUGACAUGGAUGAUCCCGAGACUCAAUUUGGUUGGACUAUGGUUGGUGAGCCUGGUGUCAUCAAAGCUCCCAACGACGACUACACAAUCGUUGGCGAGACUGCGUCCAACAUCGCUCGAGAACUCACAAAGGACUGGCACCCUAAAGUAAAGCCUCUCUUCACCGAGUCCAAUACAGCUGAGGGCGCUUUCUGGAAGAUCACCAUCUCGACACCGUCAGGAGUACCAGUUUGGCCGAACCAGCCUCGUGUCACUGUAAUAGGUGACGCAGCACAUUCCAUGACUCCAGCAGGAGGCCUUGGCGCGAAUACCGCAGUUAGAGACUCUGCUCUGUUAGGUAGACUGCUGCAAAAUGGAUACUACGAAGGAGCUACAUCAGAUUACGAAAAGGAGAUGAGGGUCUAUGGAAGUGAAGCUGUAGGAAAGAGCUAUGGCAUGGCUUCGAAGAUGUUCAAGAUCCAUAUUGACGAAGAGAAAUCGACUACAAUGGAGGGUGAGGUCAGGGACAACAGGAGUUCAGCGUAG